AUGAAUAUACAAAGAAUGUUGGUUAGGUGGUGGAGUUCUACUUUUAUUAUACUUCUGUUUUUGGUGUUGGCUAUAUAUAUACCGACACCUAGCCUGGCCAUUGAAGUUCAGUCGUCGGUGGUCUCUGAGAAAAGUACAAAUGUAGUUGGACUCGAUAUGAAUUUUGCAUUGAUGGAGGUGACUUUUGACAGUGAUCUCUACAUGCUUCAAUCGAUAAGUUGCUCCAAUUUCACAUGUGAAACACCAGCCAUCGAUUGUACCUGCGACUACACUAGCACAUCGCGAUGUGGACAAACCGUGUCUGGCAAUCCUUCGUGUCCUGCCUGUCCAACCAACACCACUGCACACUAUGGCAAUGAGGAAGUUAUAUACCAACUGUGUGACUAUGUCAACAAACCCUGGAUACCAAUUGAAGCCAACCGAACCUACAGCUAUGAAAAUAUUCAAGGACCUCUAGCUUUCCGUUAUAAAGCUAAUACAUCAUAUUGCGAGGGUAUAAGAUUAUAUGCAUCACAAGAACAAGGUAGUUUUAUUUUGUUUGCAAAUACAGAUAAUACAGAAACUGGAAGAAUGAUUGGAUAUGAAAACCCAUAUCUAAAUAAUAUUUUGAAUAUCUGUCCAACCGAUAAUGUCGACUGGGCCAAUGUGUUGGUGUGGACCAACGAUACUUAUUUCAUUUCUAUAAUUCCCACGACGCAAUCUAUUUCUUUUUCUUUGUCUAUUUUUUCUGCGCCAAUUUCAAAGCCAUUGCCAACUGCUCCAAAAUGUACAGAUCUCACAACCGAUCACAAAUGUAUUAACGAUGGAGAACUUAUUACUGGCCAAUCACAUAUUAGCGAACAGCCAAAUUUCUACACAUUUGUAGUGGACAGGCCAAUGAAUCUAUCGAUUGGUUGUCCAGCACUUCAAGAGGAUAUAGAUUUCUUUAUUUCCGAUGAUCCGAGUGAACCUUAUCCAACAGCAAUCUCUCAAAACAUUAAAUGGGUUUAUAAUCAUCCAGUUGAUGACUAUGUUACUUUGGCUAUUGGUCCCUAUGAGAAUGGAACUAAAAAAAUAUUAUAUAUUUCGAUUGUUCCGUAUUAUCCUUCUAACUAUUCAUGUUCUGUUACCAGUUCAGCACAGAUCUGGCCAAUAUCGAUUGUAAAUAAUUCACCGAGCGGUGGAACCUACAAUAUUAUGGGCACAGCCAGACUGUUGUAUCCCGAUGGUUCGGUUACACGUAGUGACUAUUGGGAGAAUACCAGAGCAUUUUUUGUAUCCUAUCCAAGAGUGAACAUCAAUCCAUUGUGGCCAGUACCCUAUGUACUAGAGUCGUUCGAUCUCUUCAAAAAGAUCAACUUUUUCGAAACUCUACAAUUCAACGACAAUCAAAAUCCACCAAAGAAUCACACAUUCCAAGCCGCUUUUAUUCUAUCGUACCGUGAAGACUCCUUAGUUAUUCACAGUGAUAUCAACACAAUCGUUGGAUCGAAGCUUCAAUUUUUAAAUACAUUAGUUGAUUCCAAAGGAAAUCCAGUUGAUAUUACAGUUGGAUUCCAAUUGAAUAAUUCAAAAUGUGAUUAUGAUCAAUUCAAUCAGGUGUUGGAUCUAAUCAAGUCAACAGAGAGUCAGAUUUUCAAUUCGAAAUCGUAUGCAGAGGUAUCGACUUUGAGAUACAUGAUCGAUAUCUACACACUUAGAGAUGCUUGGGUUGGUUGUAUGGGUCAAGCCAAUGAUCUUCUGCAAAUAGAAACAGUGGACACCAAUCAGCUAUCGACUAUCUGUACCUAUACACCAAGCGAUCCAGAGUAUCAAUUGGACCCAUGUUGCAAUUCCACUCGUCAAUUCUUCCAGUGUUGUAUACCACGUAAUGUGACUGUGCCAACCAAGAGUUUCGUUGGUGUCUACAAUAACUUGGUCGAUCAACAGUGUUCCAGCUAUGGUUGUACCGUAUCGAUUCUCGAUGAUUACUACAAGUCUUUGACCGAUGUGGAGGACGGUGCCUGUGCAAUUAGCUAUGCAGACUACCAGGAAUUCCAAUCGAGCAUUGCCAACACACUGCGUUCUUGUAAAUAUGUAUACGAUCGAAUCAGUUGUGACAACGACUCGAUGUGUGGAAACGGUACCACAUGCAAUCUAUACUCUCGUUACUGUGAACCAAGUAGAAUAAGCCAAGACUAUGCUUACAUCGAUUGUGUUUUGAAUUCCAGUUCGUCUGCAACCAUCUACUUCCUCAAGAGCCAAAAUCAUUGGUCGACAGUAGAUGAUCUUUACAAUUCAUUCUUGUCGGACGAUUGUGUUUAUCAUUCUGGUAAUUUCUAUCGAACUAGAUACACCUAUGAAACAACAGCGAACAUCUCGCUGUGCUAUCCACCACCGUCAUGUGUCGAUGAGACUUGUGAAGUCGAACACGAUGUCUGCUACGAUGGUUACUACGGUGGUUAUCGUUGGACCAAGAAUCAAUACUCUCCAGAGAUGUGUGAGCUUAACACUUUGUGUCCUUGGAUAGAGUGUUUGAAUGACGACCCAACUUGUGAACAACAAUGUAAUACAAAGACCCACUAUUGUGGUCAUUGUUCGAAUAACCAGACAUUCUGCCAUUACAUCCCCGAUUACAAUUCUGAAGCUACCUGUAAAGAUAAACAGGUUUGUUUGUUGCCAAAUGGUGACUACCAAGUUGGAAAGACAGCAACUGAAUGUGCAGCACUAGGUAGAUGUACUCAAGCUUGUGGAAAGAAGUGUGUUGGUCCAUCGAAAGUUUGUAUUGCACCAGCGAUCACUCAAGCCAAUUGCGUGGAUGCAAACGUUCCAUUUGCCAACUGGAAUUCAACGUUUGGUUAUUGUUACAACAACUACACUCAGGCACAAUGCACAGGCACCAAAUUCAAGUGGUUAAACUGUCCUGCUUUGGCGUCAUCUGAAUGCAAAUACCAAGUGUUAGGAAACGAUAUGUGUGCCGUAGAAGACAUACCUUGUGCAACCGAGCAACAAUGUACAUCGAAAGGAGGUUCAUGUUCUGACAGCUACUUCUUUGACCCAGCGAACGUAUUGAACUAUCCACCUGGAAUAGGUAAAUGUGUACACGGACACUACGCCUACUUCAGUGAGAAUACACUACCGACUUGUAACUAUGAGAAUGAACACGAUUCUCCAAGAGGAUGUUUCUCUGCAGUUCCUAAAGUCUAUACCAAAACGGAUUGUUUGAAAUUGGGUAAUAACUAUACAUGGUGGGAACAAUCUACAAACAAGACAACUUGUGAGUCGUAUUUCGGUUGUAAGAUACCAGAUGAUGCGCCAUUCAGUGCUCAGAAUCAACAUCGUUUCAAUGAGAUGACCGAAGAACAAUGUGGUCAUUGCGAUAGUAAUCACGAGUGGUCUAAAAUGUUUCAAUGGACACCGGCACGAUGGUUGCCAGGUGUACUAAAGACUGUGCAAUGGUUGCCUGCUGCACCUAUCAACGUAACAUCUUGGGAGCCUGCUUUCGACUUGGAAGCAUUCUCGGAAGCUAUGAGUAAUGCUUACUACGGUCACGUCGUAGAUCUUCUACGUUCUUCAGCUAUGUGUAGAAUGGAACGUCUGCAAGAAACCUUGAGUUCGAUUGCCUGCAGUUGUUCAGGUCCUGGUGGUUCACAAUGUUUUACAUCGUCGGCAAUCCUACUGGGUACAACUCAAGCGUGUGCUCUCGAUUCAUCUAUAUUCAAAUUCUCGCUCGGUCAUCUCAUUUUCAAUCCAGAUUCCGUACCGAGUUCAUGUAACAGUGUCAUUGUCUCACAGAUUAGUAAGCAGCUAUUCAAGGCAACGACAACCACCUCACUUAGUUCCGAUUUCGUAUCCUACAAGAAACCCGAUAACUAUGCAAUCUAUAAUUCACACGGUGGAUUAAUUGGUUCGUUAUUGAAUGACGGUAUCAAAGUGCAAGCUACCGGUGUCAAUAACUACGGUGUGUGUCUUCAAGCCGGUGAGUUGUCUUCACAGUUCGAGUACUAUGACUUUGCUACAGAGAGCGUCAACGAUUCCAGUGUAUUGGUACCUGUAGAUGCAGAGAUAACUGCAACCAUUAGAGAACCUGGUUCACCUGUAAUGAUUUGUGCCAACUUCUCUGCACCCUAUCAAUCGUAUUUCCCAAUUGUACGUGUUGCUAAUUGGCGUGACGUUCAAAAGGAGAUAUUCGAUCGAUCGGCAACAGCAAUGAUCUACACACUCGGUGCUAUCUUUGCUUUGAACGCACUCUGGGGAAUCAUUCAACUUGGAAUGGUACUCUACAAAGUGAUUUACAAUAUCGAUCGAUUCAAGCUGGUACACUUGUUAAUUGCCACCGUUACUUUGUUCAUAACGAUUAGAGCGAUCUACUUCUUUAUGUUACCAAGUGGUAAACUAUCGCAAUCGGGUAUUGCCGACUAUAUCUUGGUUGUAUUGCCAACCUUUAUUUACUUUACAUCGUUCUCUAUCAUUGUUGUAUUGUGGUACGUCAUCGUAAGAUCUAAACUCAGUAACAACAUUCUCUCGAAAUUCUCAACGAUGAUCGGUGUAAUCAAUAUCAUCCUCUACGUAUUGUUUAUCAUUAUUAUAUUGGUGUUUAACUUCUCGGAACGAAAGUAUUCCAACGAUUGUGGUGCACGUCUCGUCGUUGAGCAAACCAACACAACACCACAACGUAUCGUAUCGAUAUUCUAUGCUGUGGUACAAGCUGUCAUCUCGCUUAUUAUCGGAGCUGCAUUCGUUUAUCUUGGUGGUUCGAUCUACUUGAUGAUGAAGUUCAGAAAGAGUGUAACCACCAGCGAAAGCGGAUCGGAACAACAACAACGUAUCUUCUUGGUGACACACACCUGUUCGAUUGGUUUCAUCUUGCAUUGCGUAUUCGUAUUGAUCUUGGUCGCUGCCAACCCAUCGAAUAUCGUAUUCAGCUUCGUUGGUCUCAUAGUGACUGAGAUCAUCCCGGUCAUGAGUAUUCUCUACUCUUACAACCAAGGUCAUCUCGGUGGUAUCCGUCAGAGUACCAACACAACCAGAAUGGCUUAUAUCACACCUUCGAAAGAGUCAUUCACAACCCAAAGAGAUACUUCAAUGAAGAGCAGCAGCACAACAUCAAUGUCAUCAAUGAUGCGUUAA